GCAAAAGGGUAAACGACACUGUUUUACAAAACGACGCGCGUCACGAACCUCCUAGUAGAAGGAAGAGAGAGAAUGGGGCUAUAAGCCGGUGAAGGCCUCGGGGGAACAGAAUCUUUCGAAGGAGCAAUGGAGGGAAUAGAGGAGGUGUCGAGGACACGGAAGAUGGAGGAGAUGAUGGAAGGAAUAGCAUCAAUAGCAUUGUUGCCAGAAGGGUCUAUCUCAGGACACUUCAUCCAGCUUCCCCAUUCUGUCUGCUAUGGUCUUCAUGGCUCUGAGUUGGCAUGUGAAAGGGAGUGCAGUAGGGGUGAGGACUAUCGCCUUAUCAAACUGACAAUAACAGAUUUCAGCAGGAGGAAAGAACGAGCUGUUGUUGUAGAAUGCAGAGGCCACGAUGCUGCUCGGUUCAAUAACGUUGACCAUGCUCAUGGUUGGGAGGAGGAUGUCAUGGGUAUGGUCGAACAAAAGGAUGCGAAGAGUAAAAUGUUGGUCUCAUUUGAGUGUCAGACACUGAAAGCUGAAAAAGAAGCAGAAGACCACAUCAGGCGGUUCAUGCCAAAAUUAACUGGGCUGAAUGCUGUUGUUAACAUUGGACGGAUGACGAUAUCUGGAUUUGACUCUGGAGCAGAGGAUUCAGAAACUGAGUAGGGCACCUGCGCUUUUUUUUUUCCCUUCCUUUUUUGGUUUUAAGAGGUUAAUGGUAAAGAUUUUAAAGCGGACACAUUUUGGUGUUGCACAACGAUAGUAGUUUUUAAUAGCCUUUUUUUUUUAAACAAAAAAAACAACAUUAACUAAGAAAGCAAAUGAGUUAAACUGUGCACCAUGCUUAAAAAAAUCAAUGUAUUAAAAACUGAA